AUGCACCUUUGGGAUGCCAGUACAAGGAGACGUACAGACUUUCACGCCGAAUUUUCCUUUAUCAUAAAAGCCGUUGAUACAUCACCAUUGCAUGGUGAUGGGCUCUCAUUCUUCAUUGCACCAUUUGAGUCUAACAUCCCUAACAAUUCAAGUGGUGGGUAUCUUGGACUGUUUAAUUCUGAAGUUGCUUUAACCCCUUCGAGGAAUCAAAUUGUUGCAGUUGAGUUUGACAAUUUUCUAAAUCCUUGGGAUCCAGUUUUUAAUCAUAUUGGAAUCAAUGUCAAUUCCAUUCAAUCAGCGUCAGUGGCAAAGUUAGCAAGUAGCUUUCAAAUGGGGUCAAUAGUACAUGCUUGGAUAAGUUAUUACUCAACAACCCAACGUCUGGAUGUCUUCGCAGCUUACGUUGACAUUAAUGGCAUUGGGAUGAAUUCUAGCCUUUCGAUUACUAUUGAUUUGAGGAAUGUUUUACCAGAAUGGGUCAGAGUUGGUUUUUCUGCUGCUACAGGUCAGUUGGUCGAGUUACAUCAAAUAACUUCUUGGUCAUUCACUUCAACGCUUGGAGAUUGA